CAUUUCUCUUUUCCUUGGUCUCCUGAGUUGUGUUCGUUAUGCCUGAGCCAGCGAAGUCGGCGCCUGCCCCCAAGAAGGGCUCCAAGAAAGCCGUCACCAAGGCGCAGAAGAAGGAUGGCAAGAAGCGCAAGCGCAGCCGCAAGGAGAGCUACUCGGUCUACGUGUACAAGGUGCUCAAGCAGGUGCACCCCGACACGGGCAUCUCGUCCAAGGCCAUGGGCAUCAUGAACUCCUUCGUCAACGACAUCUUCGAGCGCAUCGCCGGCGAGGCGUCGCGCCUGGCGCACUACAACAAGCGCUCCACCAUCACGUCGCGGGAGAUCCAGACUGCCGUGCGGCUGCUGCUGCCCGGGGAGCUGGCCAAGCACGCCGUGUCGGAGGGCACCAAGGCUGUCACCAAGUACACCAGCUCCAAGUGAACGCCCCUGGCUGCUGCCUAUAACCCAAAGGCUCUUUUCAGAGCCCCUCAUUUUUUCAACAAAAAGAAUUGUAAUACUUUUCUAGCGUUUGACUUUUAAAUUUUGAAAGAAAGCAAGCGGUUUAGGUGAUUGCAUUCACUGUAUUUUACAAGUACUUCGGUCUUUAUUGUUUUCUCAUGGCAUUCAGAGUGCUUUGAGUAGUAAAAUCUUCCUGCAAAUUCAUUUUUCACCUCAGUUUUCAAAUUAUAGCUGAAACCUGAAUACUUCUGUGUGGAAUGGGUGCAGUGGCCCCAAUGAGGUGUUUUAUUUCCUGACAUAUGUUGCACUUAGAUUUUCACUUCAAACUUGUGGUCACCAACUAGGAUGUUAGCGCUAUGUAUAAUGCAACACAAUUGUAUUUCUUGUAUAUAUUUUCCAUUUUUUUGUGUGUAUCCUCUUUGAAAGUUAGGCCAAAUUCUUUGUGGCAGUGGAGUAUCCCUAGGACUCCUUCCAAAAUGAUAGUGAACUUAAGAGAAACCGGUCACUUUGUAACCUUGUAAAUGGGACCCUGUCACUUACUGGAUUGCAUUUAUUAAAAAGUAUUAUUCCCUUUUCUCAA